UUGGCACAGCCGACCUGCCCCAUCAGUAUUGUAUGCGAAAGCUGUUUUCUCUGGGAUCAGUAGUAGACAUCCAGAUGGCGGAUCCCUUCUACCUUUAAGAACUUUGAGGCUGCAUGGAAUGAAGAAGCCUAUGUAUCUCUGGGACACCACCGAAUCAACUGGCCCAGAUUUUCCAAUGUUGGAAAUUCUAGAGGUGAAGUUUUGUGGAUUGAAGAAUCUAGAGUUACCUGCAAUAUCCUUCCAGAAUCUAACCAUUUUAGAAAUAACUUUUUGCUGGCGAUUGCAAUAUUUGGCUACUUACACAGUUGCUCAAGGUUUAGUGAGACUCAAAAAAAUGAAAGUUGAUGAGUGUAAAAGUAUGAAAGAAAUCUUCACAAGCGAAGGAAUGGAAGAAGAUGCAAGUGAAUGUAAGAUUGUUUUCAGCCGGUUGCAACGUACAUUUGGAACUUACUGAUUUAAUAAGGUUGGAACGCUUUUGCCCGAGAAAUUGCAGGGUGAAGGUCCCAGCAACCUUGGGAACUUUAGAGAUAAAAUGGUGCUCUUUCGAGCUGAAGAUUUCCUCCGAUGGGGUACUAGAAGAAAUUGUUCCCAAUAUGCAUCUAGAGGUACAAAAGUCACAUCCCAAAGAAGAGGCCUUCCCCAAGAAACAGCCUUCCCCAAACGCCUCUGAAGGAGCUCAACAUGCCGAGUAUAAUCCACGAGAACUCCAAAGCAUAGCUAUUAAGCUUGAUGAAGACAUAGGAGGUUUGCGGAAUGAAUUAAGGCGUCUGCAGAAAGAAUUAAGUGCCAAAGAAGCAGAGAGGAGAGAUACAGAGCAAAAGCUUGCUGAUCUUGUGAGAGCUAAAUGAUUGUCUGACCCUUCAGGAAGUUAACUUUCAAGAUCGUAGUGCAGCACUGCCGCCCUUGUUGAAUUUUUGUAUAGCAAAGAAGCUCAG